UGCUAAGAGGUAGGGAUAUAUAUGUCUCGUUCGACGAGCAAGCACUCCGCGCUUGGUCGAGCUAGCCGUCGGAUGCAGCCCGCUGUUUUCAGGCCUGGGUGGUAGUUCUCGGGCAAGUAUUGAAGAAGGUUCGAACCGUAGGGCUCUGUCUGCUUCCAAAAUCCGAAAUUGGUCUCCCGCAGAAUAUGGCUCUCCAACUCUUUGAUGGUAGUGACUCAGAAAAUGAUGGCAUAUCAGAAGUCCAGAUAAAUGAGGAGUAUGCUCGCAGAUUCGAAUACAACAAGAAACGGGAGGAUCUCCAGCGUCUUGAGGAGUUAAAAAAGAAGGGUCUUAUCUCUUCAUCUUCAUCCUCAUCUUCUGGUAGUGAUGAAGAAUCUGAAUCAUCUGAUGAUGAGGAACUAAAAAUGUCUAGAAGGAAUAAUAAGAAGUUUUUUGAUUGCUUAAUUAAGGUGAAGAAGAAAGACCCCUGUCUCAAGGAAAAAGAUGUUAAGCUUUUUGAGUCAGAUGAUGGCAGUGAAGAAGAAAGCAAUGAAAAGGAGAAAAACUAUUCUAAAGAUAAGAGUGGUAAAAACCCAAUGUAUUUGAAGGAUGUGAUGGCAAAGCAUUUGAUCGAGGAGGGACCAGAUUUUGGGGAUAUAGAAGACAAAAGUGAUGGAAAAGAGAAAGGUAUAUCAGAAAAUAAGAAGAGUAAGAAGUCAUCACAUUUGAAAGAUUCAAUGGCAAAGCAUUUGAUUGAGGAGGAAUUAGAUUUUGUUGAUAAAGAUGGAAAAAGGACUUAUACUGAUGAGCAAGAAGAAUUGAAAAAGGCUUUUCUUGAUGCGUCUGAAAAGGAAGGUUUAAGUGAUCAUGAAGAGGAUUUUUUUGUAGUGAAGGAGAAGGCUGGUGAAAACAAAAGAGAAAGUGAUGUUGAGGAAUAUGGAAAGGAAUUGGAUGAGUACUUUGGUGAAGAUGCAGAUGAAAAUGAAAACUCCAAGUUUCUGAAAAGCUAUUUCAUGAACGAGAUGUGGAUUGACAGAAAGGGGGGGAAUUUGGGUGUUGAUAAGGAAAACUUGCAAUGGGUAUCAGACUCAGAGGAGAGUGAUCUCGAAAGACAGGAAGAAUAUGAAUACAGAUAUCAAGAAAAUCAGGGAGACAGGGUGUUAGGUCAUGCUCGGAGUGUGGAAGGAUCAGUGAGGAAGAAGACAAAUGCAAGGAAGGAGCAAAGGAAGAGCAAAGAGGAGAGAAUGGCAAUGGCACAGAAGGAGAGGGAGGAGGAGUUGAAGCGUUUGAAGAAUUUGAAGAAGCAAGAGAUGCAGGAGAAGGUUAGAAAGAUAAUGAAGACUGCAGGAAUUCAUGAUGAUGAUAUUAUCCCCUUGUCUGCUGCAGAAAUAGAGGAGGAGUUUGACCCUGAGGAGUAUGAUAAGAUGAUGAAGGCGGCAUUUGAUGAAAAAUAUUAUAAUGCAGAAGAUGCUGAUGCAGAUUUUUGUGGUGAUGAUAGUGAAAUGGAGAAGCCUGAUUUUGCAAAGGAAGAUGAACUGCUUGGACUUCCGAAAGACUGGGACGUGUGUGGGUCUGAUGAUGGGUUUCUGGCUGCAAGGGAACGAGCAUUGAAACAAAGGAUGGAGAAUGGCAGUGAUCAUGACUUCCAAGAGGAGGAAGAAAACAAUGAAGAACAAGUUCAUGAGGAAGGUAAGCGGAAGAGGAAGCGAAAAACAGCUCUGUUGGAGAAAGCAAGACAGGCAAUGAUGGAUGAGUAUUAUAAAUUAGAUUAUGAGGAUACCAUUGGGGACUUGAAGACAAGAUUCAAGUAUGCCAAAACAAAGGCAAACAGAUUUGGCUUGAGCGCCUAUGAGUUACUGAUGAUGGAUGAAAAAGAGUUGAAUCAAUAUAUUUCCUUGAAAAAACUUGCUACUUAUAGGGAGGAGGAGUGGAAGUUAAGCAAACGUAAGAGAUACGAGCUGAAGAAGAAGACUCAAGAGCUCAUUCGUUCAGGAAGUUUGGACAAGAAGAAGAAAAAUAAAAAAUCAAGAGAUGAUGCCAGCAAGUCCACAUCAUCAUAUAGAUUGGGGGACAACGAUAAAGCAUCUGCAGAGGAGUCAAAUGUUGAGACAAAAAGUUUAUCUCGAAAAGCCAGGAGAAAGCAAAAUAUGGCUCAUCUUAAGUUUUCAUUGUCUAGGCAUAAAGCAUAUUAUGGGCAGCAACACUCUAAAUCAAAGGAUAAAAGAAAGCAGUAAACAAUGGCAUUAGUUUUGGCAGAAGGAACCAACCAUACAAGAAACCUCAGUUGCUGAAUAUGAGAUUAUAGAGCUGGAGAUUGACAUUGCAGUUUACAAGGCCCAUAUUUCAGUUGAUUUUUGUUUGAAUUUUUAAUGGGAAUUGUUCGUGCUUGUCUUUCUCUUAUUUCUUUGUUGGAUAGAUUAGGGUACAAAUGUACAAGCAAUUUAUUUAUCAUAACCAAAACUUCUAGCGGGAUUCACACUUCUUUUUUGACCGAUUUCUCAUGUCAUAAUUUUGUUUAAUGUAAUGAGUGUUGCAAACCCAUGUUCGAUGGGGUUUUCCUA